AUGGCUGGGAGAAAUCACACCAUGGUGACUGAGUUCUUCCUCAUUGCAUUCACUGAGCACCCAGAGUGGGGGCUUCCUCUCUUCCUGGUAUUUUUGAGUUUCUAUCUUGUCACUCUGAUGGGUAACGCAGGAAUGAUCGUCCUGAUCCGUAAAGAUCACUGGCUGCAGACCCCAAUGUAUUUCUUCCUCAGCCACCUCUCCUUCGUGGACAUCUGCUACUCCUCUGUCAUUGUCCCUCAGAUGCUGGCUGUGCUACUGGAACACGGUGCUACCAUCUCUCAAGCUCGCUGUGCAGCUCAGUUCUUCCUCUUCACCUUCUUUGCCUCCAUUGACUGCUACCUCUUGGCCCUCAUGGCCUAUGACCGCUAUGUGGCUGUGUGCCAACCCUUGCUUUAUGUCACCAUCAUGACUGAGAAGGACCGCUUAAGUUUAGUGGCUGGUGCUUAUGUGGCUGGUUUCUCCAGUGCCUUUGUUCGAACAGUCACAGCCUUCACGCUCUCCUUUUGUGGAAACAAUGAGAUCAACUUCAUUUUCUGUGAUCUACCACCUCUUUUAAAACUCACAUGUGGGGAAAGCUACACUCAGGAAGUGGUGAUUAUUGUGUUUGCCAUUUUUGUCAUGCCUGCUUGUAUAUUGGUGAUCUUGGUGUCAUACUUGUUUAUCAUCAUGGCCAUUAUGCAGAUCCGUUCUGCUGGGGGCCGGGCCAAGACCUUCUCCACCUGUGCCUCCCACCUUACUGCUGUUGCUCUCUUCUUUGGCACCCUCAUCUUUAUGUACCUGCGAGAUAACUCAGGCCAGUCCUCAGCUGAAGACCGAGUGGUAUCAGUGUUUUAUACAAUGGUGACCCCCAUGCUUAACCCUCUCAUCUAUAGUCUUAGGAACAAGGAGGUAAAGGAGGCUGUUAAGAAAGCUCUCAGCAGGUUAAAAGCUUCUGGGAGAUCCUAG